UUGAGCCAUCCCUUAGUGGCCCGUGCUGUGGCCCGCAUGUUGAGUGAAGGGCACGUUUUGUUCCACCGCGUACUGGCCGUGGUCACUUCAGGGGGUGCGCCUAUGAUCCAGGCCUUUGCUGCCAAUGGGAUUUUAGGUGUGGUGUUGCCAGCUGCCCUUCACGUUCCUUGCUUGUACCAGCAGUUGGAGUUGGUGAUGGAGCUAUGGCAAGAUAAGUUAGAAAGGCUGGCUUCACUGCAGCAUCUUCUGGAAGAGACAUUUGGACGGCGCCCAGCUCUCCGUCACCGUUACGCCCUAUUCCUGAAAGAGCAUGAACUGAAGCUGUCCCUCCCUGUGUGCAACAGGCAGGCUGGCCCUGAGGUUUGGUUGGAGAAAGCAACAAGCAUUGCAGAACAUCUCCCCCUUCUGAGGGAAUUUGUAGCAACCGAUGAAGGCGAGGGGCCCAUUAUGGGGAAAUUGCAGAGUAUCCUGGUGGAGAAUGACAAGGAACUGGUGGCGGAAGCCACUUUUGUAGGCGAGCAUGCCCAAGGUCUGUUGGCCGUGGCACGGUUUCUCCGCCAGACAGGUGAGCCACUGGCCCACCGAAUCUACGGGGAACUAGAUUCCUUGCGAGUUUCUUUCUCCUAUCACUUAGAUGCAAGGCUGGGGCCCAACACAGAGCAGCAUCUGGCUGUGUGCCCACCCCAGCUGGCAAAACAGUUUCAUCAAAUCUUAGCUCAGAGCCUGAGUCGCCUGGAGCAUUUGUUUGACUCUCACCCUGCGAUGCCCACCUUGAAAGCAGUGCGGGCACUUGAUCCCAAGCAACUGGGGGCUGUAGGAUGGAGCCAGGUAGAGCCCGACCAGGGGGUCCCCGGCCUUUCGGAGGUGCCAGAAAUGGAAUGGUUUCGGUAUCAACAUUUAGCUGACGCAGCUCCUGCUGAUGUCUCCUUGCCUCAGUGGUGGGAGGCACAAGCUGAGCAGCUUCCUGUGCUGACCCCUCUGGCUCGGCGAUAUCUCUGGCUGCCUGCCUGUUCUCCCAAGUCUCCCUUCCUCCCAGGAGGUUUCUUCAACCUACCAGAGGCUGAGGAUGGCUUUACGCGGGACGGUGCACGUCUCUUAUGCAUGCUUAGGUAUAACCGCAGGCUCCUUUAA